AUGCGUGUUUCUGGCCUCCUGCCUUUCAUUCUGGCCACUGCGCCAGCCGUGGUCUCAGCCCGUGGCACGCUGGGUUUCUCCCUGGGUGACAAGAACGCCGAUGGCACUUGCAAGUCCACUAGCGACUAUGAGGCCGACUUCGACAACUUGAAGGACCUGUCCACCCUCGUCCGCACCUACUCUGGCACAGAGUGUGAUACUCCUCAAAACAUCCUGCCUGCUGCCAAGAGCAAGGGCUUCAAGGUUGUCCUUGGUAUCUGGGUCGGCUCCCAGGAUAAGAGUGAUAUGAGCACCAACGAUCCCUCAUUCACCAAGGACUUUGCGGCUCUGAAGGCGACCGUUCCUGGCCAUGAGGACGUCAUCGAGGCCAUCACCGUCGGUUCUGAGACCCUUUACCGUGGUGACUUAACCGGCCCCCAGCUCCACAACUACAUUAGCGCUGUGCAGAAGCAGUUCCCUAGCACCACCGUCGGUACCGCCGACAGCUGGAACAAGUUCGCUGACGGCACUGCUGACGACUUGUUCACCACCGAUACCGAAGCCAACCCCAUGGUCACCUACGUUCUGGCUAACGCCUUUGCCUACUGGCAGGGCACCCCUGCCGACAAGGCCUACAAGACCUACUUCGACGACAUGUCCGGUGCCAUUUCUCACAUCCAGAAGAUUGCCGGUUCCAACGCGGACAAAAUCAAGGUUGUUAACGGCGAGACUGGCUGGCCGACUGACGGCGGCUCUGACUACGAGGCUGCCAAGGCCGGCACCCAGAAUGCGGAGAAGUCCUGGAAGACCGGCGUCUGCGGUAUGCUCGCGUGGGGCGUGGACCUGUUCUACUUCGAGGCCUACGACGAAUCGUGGAAGCCCAACAGUGUUGGCGACAACGGCCAGGCCAUGAAUGAGAAGCACUGGGGUCUGUACACCGCUGACCGCAAGUCCAAGUUCGACACCUCCUGCCCUAACUAA